CAUAGAUACAACAUAGACAUUGAAGCAAUCCUUAAUAUGGCUGUACCUACAUUACACCGACACAGCCCUACAGAUGUAUAUUUACUGGUUAGACGAAAAAAUGUGACAUUACAUCUUGAUGUGCUGGAGAGCACCAAAGUUUGGGAACUCAAGAAAAUUAUUGAAGAUAUAUUGAAAGUAUCGUCAUCAGAUCAAAAGCUAUUUCUCAUGUUCAUAAAUAACAGUGAUCUUGAAAAAUAUCAGGAAUUAUCAGAUCCUACUGCAGCCUUGUCUAAAUAUGGACUGAUUUCAUCAGCAGCAAUGGCAACACAUCCUGCGAUAAUAGGACUGGCCAUACAACAGGAGAAUGGUUUGUUUGAAAAACUUGAAAUAACACCGUAUUCAAUCUCAGACUUUCUGCCAGACCUCCCAACGACUGACAAUGAUGAUUCGGAAAGAGUUGCUAUCAGUCAUAGAAAAUGUUGGAAAUUUUGGGAGAAAAUUAAUUCACCGAGAUCUCAACUUGGAUAAUAUGACGUCGCAUCCAGCUACUAUGAGGUUUUGUGUUCUGUAACUGUGUUGUAUAACUGAAUAACUCCAAGUUUCGCACAAAGUAAAGAAAAUGUAUAUAGUACAGCACUGAAAGAUUCCACAUUGCAACAAUCCUCCACUGCGUUACAACAAUAGUGUAAAUAUAUUGCAAUUAUCCUAUGAAAUAGUUAAUAUUUUUAAAUAUUACAAAAAUUUUUAAUAUAUUAUUAUUAACAUUUAUCAUAUUAAAUUUUUGUUUUGCAACAUUUCCCAAACAUGUUACUACAAGUUUGUGGGUAAUCUGUGUAAUGUUAUAUUGCAAAUUGCAACAUUACAAUAUAGCUCUAAUGAUCUGUGCUGUAUGGGAUAAUUGUAAACACUACAAUAUAAGCAUGACAUUAAAUAAUUCUAAUCAUAUUAGAAAAGUUAUAUUUACAUACAUAUACAGUCACAAAACUUUGUAAGUAUUGAAGUUAUUAAGAAUACUCAUUGCAUACCUUCAUAAUUAAGAUUUGUGAUAAUAACAAAUUAACAUUGCAUAAUGCAUACAUAGAAAAGGAAACUUAUUGCUACUUACUAAAAAUGACAUCGAUGUAUAAAUGAUCACAUGGUACUUUUCAUAAUAUAAUACAUAUUUUACAUAAUAUAUUUUUAUACAUUUUCUUCACUAAUUAUAUUUUUUUGUGGAACUUUGUGUGAUUUCUUUUCUCUUUUGCUUCUUACAUUUUCUCUUCCUCAUGAAUGCCUUUGAUAACAAAUAAUUGUCAUUAGCUAGUGUUCGCUUGUAGAAUAACAUGUAACAACGGUAAUGACAAAUUACAGUACAGAAACAUCUGUAUAAGCAAAAGAAUAGAUGCAUCUAAUAUCGCUGGGUGAUCUUAGUUAACAGUUUUCUCAAUAUGUACUGUAUAUUAUGUGCAGAAUUAGUUAUCUUGUCAUCUGCUAAUGUUAGAAAAUAGAAAUUAAUUUCCUAAUAUGUAAUAUGUGAAAAUAAAUAUUUUUGGUAUUAUGUA